AUGGAUGUUACAGAAAAUAGCCCUACCAAUGCCAUUGCUAUUGAUAUUAAUGAUGAGGAAUUAGUUGACGUUUCAAUGGGUAUUGAUGCAGCAAGUACUGAAAAUACUGAAGAGAAAGAGUUAAGCCCUACAAAGAAAAAGGAUAGAGCCAAAGUGGGUAAGCAUAGACUAAGAUCUCCUGCUUGGGAAUCAUUUGAUUUACUGCCCGUUGAUGAAGAUAACAAAAAGCGUGCUAAAUCUAAACAUUGUGGGAUUGUAUAUGUCUGUGAUAGUAGGUAUGGGACGGGAAAUUUGUUGAAUCAUGCUAAAAAUUGCAGUAAGAAGCCUCAUGGUGAUGUGAAGCAAUUACUUAUGUCAUCUUCAGGAUUGUGUUCCCCACAAUUUGAUUAUGUGAAAUUUCAUGACUUGUUAAUAGAGGUGAUCAUCAAGCAUAAUUUGCCUUUUAGUUGA